AGCCAAGUGAGCAAGCAACUGGGAGCCUCUCAUCUACGUAUCCCACUCGCCAGCUCACCUCACACCCCACAUCGACAUCUCCACCAUUUCCCCCCAACUAAUAGCAUCUUCCAUCCCCAUCCAUCAUGAUUCUACGCUUUCGCUCACCUGACGGUGCCUAUCGUGUAGAUAUCCAGCAAACAGAUGAUACAUCCCUUCUUAUUUCUAAGUUACGAGAGAAUCUACCGAAGGAUGUUGACCCUCAUACAAUCAUUGUUUCGGACCGCCCAGCAAAUGGGAGGGCAAGGGUUCUUAAUGAGAUAAGCGGAAUGAAGAUUUCUGACCUGGGUCUCAGCCAUGGUGAUAUGCUGUUUCUUUUAUACAAGAAAUUGAAUGAGCCCCAGGCUCCCAACGGUGCCGCCACAAGCCCUGGUGAGCCAUCCAGUAUACGGCUUAACGGACAACCUAUACGGCCAUCAGAGAGCGCCUCUAACCUGUACACUACCACUACCUCUGGCUCGGUGAUUCCGGACAAGGUUUCAAAUCCUUGGGAAACUGUUGUUCAGGACCCUGUUGAUGAGGAGCUAGACAAGAAGGAUGGAAAGAUACCCAGAGGUCGAGAUCACAAGAUGUGCAGACAUGGCCCUAAAGGGAUGUGUGACUACUGUAUGCCAAUGGAACCUUACGAUCCGGGCUACCUCGCCGAGAACAAGAUCAAACACCUCAGUUAUCAUUCUUACCUGAGAAAGAUAAACACUUCAACAAACAAACCUGAGCUCAAGUCCUCGUAUAUGCCUCCCUUGUCGGAGCCCUAUUUUAGGUUGCGAAAGAACUGCCCUUCCGGCCAUCAACCGUGGCCUGCCGGCCUCUGCUCCAAGUGCCAACCAUCUGCGAUCACCCUCCAGCCUCAAGAAUUCAGGAUGGUAGAUCACGUCGAGUUCAGUGACCCCGCUCUGAUCAACACCUUUAUCGACUUUUGGAGACAGACAGGCAAUCAACGGAUAGGAUAUCUUUACGGAAGGUUAGCACCUUACCCGGAGGUUCCGUUGGGCAUAAAAGCUAUUGUCGAGGCGAUAUACGAACCACCGCAAAAUGGUGAGUCGGAUGGUGUUACGCUCCAGCUGCCCUGGACUGGCGAGAAGGAUGUGGCUGAGGUUGCAUCUCUUUGUGGGCUUCGGAAAAUUGGUGUCAUUUUUUCAGAUCUUCUUGAUGAUGGAACUGGACAGGGGACUGUGGUUUGUAAGCGGCACAUUGACUCUUACUAUUUGUCGUCGCUCGAGAUAGUCUUCGCCGCGAGGCUUCAGGCCGAGCACCCCCACCCUAGCAAGUGGUCAGAAACCGGACAGUUUGGCUCCAGUUUUGUCACAUGUGUCGUUUCGGGCAACGAGGAUAAUGGUAUUGAUGUGGCAGCAUAUCAGGUUUCGAACACUGCAGUGGAGAUGGUUCGAGCGGAUAUUAUCGAGCCCUCGGCUGAUCCCUCUGUGAUGAUGGUCCAUGAGGAGGACGGGAAAACAAGAUAUGUUCCUGAAGUUUUCUUCAGACACAUCAAUGAGUACGGUCUUAACGUCAAAGAAAAUGCCAAACCCAGCUUCCCUGUUGAGUACUUGCUUGUCACAUUAACACACGGCUUCCCGAAUGACACCAAGCCUAUAUUCACAGCACCACUAGGAAAGUUCCCCAUAGGGAACAGAGAGAUCAUGGGCAUUUCGCAGGACCACCGGGCUGUGGCGAAGCAACUGGGCAUUACUUCCCAAAGCGCAAACAGACCAACCGAUGGCAUUGAUGUUGUCAGCGACUUCCACCUCCUAACAUUUAUCAAAGGAUGGGGUGUUCUCGAUAAGAACGAGGAAGAGCUCCUAGCAAAAGUGGCAGUCGGCCACGACGUAAACGACGGCUACAAGCUGUUGCAGACGCCUGGUUGGCAGACGCUGAUGACGAUUCUAAGGGAGAGCGGUGAGAAUGCCCCUUUAAAGCGUGCUUUUGUUGAACACUCUCCACCACCACCACAAAUACCAUUACCGUUUGUAAAUGCGAGGGGGGCGGGCGUAGGAGGUAGCGGCAGUAGCAAUGGCGGUGCUGCGAGGAGAGGAGGGAGAGGGGAUAAUGCAACCUCAUCUAAUAAUUAUGGACCUUUGGCUAAACGUUUCCGCGGAUUCAGUCUGAGGGAAGAAUAAGCUUUUUUCGUCGUCCGCUUUUUUUCUACUCUGUCCACCCGCCUACCUGCCUACCUACUUGUUUAAAAUUUCACUCAAAUACACACUUGAAGACAACUACUCUUUGCACGAUCGGAGUCGGUGGAGUUUUUGUAGUAGCUUUCCCUUUCUUGCCAUUGGGUUGGGAUCGACGGUUGGGGGGAGGGGUGUUAUAUUUGGUGGAUGGGCCGGAUAAGAGCUUUUAUUUUCUUCCUUCUUUUCUCUUACGCUUGUUUCGCUAGCAGGUUCCCGCUGGAAUUGGUGUGUCGGUGUGUGUUGGUUUCCAGACAGCCUAAGCCACGUGGGAAACUGCUAUGAAAACUGGAUAUUAUCACC